UGUAAUAUGACACAAUUCCAUACCAGAAAUUUUAAAGUGCAUUGGAUGGAUAUUCAAACCUAAGGAUAUUUCCUGGUAUACAGCAGGUCCAUUGUGCCUGUAAGUUUUUCCUUGGAGUUCCCCUACCUUGGAAAAUAGCUUUUUGGCCACAUUAUCGUAUUAUCAGUAAUUGUACAUUACAUUAUGGCUGGUGAUAAAAUCUUUUGUACUCAGAUACAUUUCUUGGAAAUACAGGACUUGGAUUGAAUACAUUUAGAGAACAAAAAUGGAAAGAGCUUGUGAAUGGAAAUUCAUCUGAAGUGGACUGUUCUAGAUCUUGCCUAGGAAAUGAUUUUGGCCCUGAUUCACAUAGUCAUUUGAUCUGCCUUUGCUGACCUUGACCUUGAAUAUUAGAUGUGUUCAGUACUACUGGUAUGCUUCAGCAUUUACUUAUUGAAGCUACAUCAUGUACACUGUGUUUCGUAAUUUCAGAAAGCUUCAAGGGUAAAGAGCAAGUGAUGGUUAAAUCAGAAAUGGAUUCUCUUGACUACAUGUCAUCUGAUAGAGCUGUGGAAAUUGAAAACCAAAGUGACAGCUCUUCAUCUGGUAGCAGCUUAUUUAAAACACAAUGUAUUCCUUCCUCUCCUAAACGGAGACAAAGAAAUUCCCUUAGAAAAUUUGAUCAUUCACCUGAAAGUCUUCAUACAGAUUCAUCAAGUGACUCAUCUUUAGAACCAAGACUAUUGACUUUAAAAGCUAUUUUUGAAAGAUUCAAGAACAAGAAACGUAAAAAGAGGAAAUACAACAGACAAAAUAGAGGAAAAUUAAGACCAAGAGGAAGACCAAAAGGAAGUAGAAGCACUAGAAGGUCAUCACAAAUAGAUUUGAAACAAAUUAAAGACAAAGGAACCGGAUUCCCAUUUUUACAGUGUGAAAAUGGAAGAAAACCAUUACCAUGGAGGAAAAUUUUAACCUUUGAGCAAGCUGUUGCAAGAGGAUUUUUUAACCACAUCGAGAAACUGAAGUAUGAAUACCACCUCAAGGAAUCCCUGAAACAAAUGAAUGUCGGUGAAGAUUUAGAAAAAGAAGAUCUUGAUAGCCGUAGACAUAAAUAUUUGGAUGAUGAUGGAUCCAUUUCUCCUAUUGAAGAGUCAGCGUAAGUUGAAUCACAGCAGAAGAUGAGAUGGCACAUCCUGAAUAUGAUGAAUGUGAUAUCAAAUUGGUAGUAAGUGACUUACUCUCAUUCAAGGAAGGUAGGAGUUGUUGGUACAGGAGGAAUUAACAUUCAGUAGUUUUAAGUUUUAGUCCACUUAAAAUUUGAAACACUGAAUAAAUUUAAUGCAGGAAAUGUAAGAAUACACAUGCUGUUUUUUCAAUAGUUGCUAAUAUGGGCUUUUUCCUGGGGAGCAAUCCAAAGGCCUUAAGCAUACUAAGCAAGCACUUCACCCUGAGCUAUCCCAGCCCCCAAUUUUAUUUAUUUAUUUAUGGUAUGGGGAGGUUUCAACUCAGGGCCUUCAUGCUUGCAAAGAAGGUACUCUACUGCUCGAGCUACAAAUCCAGACCAUUUUGCUCUGGUCAUUUUGGAGAUGGGGUCUCACCUGCAUGGGCAGAACUCUGAGUCCUCUGGAUCAGUGUCUCACGUAGCUAGGAUUAUAGGCAUGAGCCAUGGGUGGUUGGCAUCCCUAAAUACUUGUAAUGAAUAUUGCAAUGUGUAGUGUUUUUAAACCAUGAAAUGAAAAAAUAUGUAGAUGUUAACUUGGGAGUUUUUAAACCUAGGUAUAAUUUACAGUUCCCAGUAAUUAGUAUAGUUAUUUAGCUUAUUUAUUUUUAUAUUGUUGUAUUGGGGACAUUGUGACAUUUACAGAAGUUCGUAGAAUAUAUCAUAGUUGAAUUCACACCUCCUAGCUUAGUUAUUAAUGGUGUUUUUGUGUGUGUGUGUGU